UGGAUUUACCGUUCUUGGCCCCCUUAAGCCCCCCCGAGUGGGGGGCGGCUGUGAUCGCUCUGGCGGUUGGAGGUCGGGGAGCGGCCCGGGCUCUGGCCAUGUUCUCGGAUGAAGAUUUCUGGAUCGCCCUGUGAAGAGGUCUCCCCGAGAGGGCCCUGCCCAGUCGGAGAGAGGGAUGGACAGCCAGAAGCCGCCUGGUGAAGACAAAGAUUCAGAACCGGCAGCUGAUGGACCUGCAGCCUCUGAGGAGCCAGGUGCCACUGAGCCAGACCUUCCUAACCUGUGUGUUGGGGAGGUCUCUGUCCCUAGUUCUGGGAGUCCCAGGCUUCAGAAGCCUCCUCAUGACUGCAGUGGGGGUCCAGCACGGCGAUGUGCUCUCUGUAACUGCGGGGAGCCCAGCCUGCAUGGGCAGAGGGAGCUCCAGUGCUUUGAAUUGCCAUUUGACUGGCCCCGGUCUCCAGUGGUGUCCUCUGGGGGAAACCCAGGACCCUGUGAAGCAGUGCUGCCCAGUGAGGACCUGUCACAAAUUGGUUUCCCUGAGGGCCUUACACCUGCCCACCUAGGAGAACCUGGAGGGCACUGCUGGGCACAUCACUGGUGUGCUGUGUGGUCAGCGGGUGUAUGGGGGCAGGAGGGCCCAGAACUAUGUGGUGUGGACAAGGCCAUCUUCUCAGGGAUCUCACAGCGCUGCUCUCACUGCACCAGGUUCGGUGCCUCCAUUCCUUGCCGCUCACCUGGAUGUCCACGGCUUUACCACUUCCCCUGUGCGACUGCCAGUGGUUCCUUCUUAUCCAUGAAAACAUUGCAGCUGCUCUGCCCAGACCACAGUGAGGGGGCUGCACAUUUGGAGGAGGCUCGCUGUGCAGUGUGUGAGGGGCCGGGAGAGCUGUGCGACCUCUUCUUCUGUACCAGUUGUGGGCAUCACUAUCAUGGAGCCUGUCUGGACACUGCUCUGACUGCCCGCAAGCGUGCUGGCUGGCAGUGCCCUGAAUGCAAAGAGUGCCAAGCCUGCAGGAAACCUGGGAAUGAUUCUAAGAUGUUGGUCUGUGAGACGUGUGACAAAGGAUAUCAUACUUUCUGCUUAAAACCACCCAUAGAGGAACUGCCUGCUCACUCAUGGAAAUGUAUGACAUGCCGGGUAUGUCGGGCCUGUGGGGCAGGCUCAGCAGAACUGAAUCCGAACUCUGAAUGGUUUGAGAACUAUUCGCUCUGUCACCGUUGUCAUAAAGCCCAGGGAGGUCAGCCUGUCAUUUCUGUUGCUGAGCAGCGGCCACCUGUCCGUAGUAGAUUUUCACCCCCAGAGCCUGGCGAUGUCCCCACUGAUGAGCCUGAUGCUCUGUACGUUGCAUGCCAAGGGCAGCCAAAGGGUGGGCACGUGACCUCUAUGCAACCCAAGGAACCUGGACCCCUGCAAUGUGACGCCAAACCACUAGGGAGAGCAGGGACCCAACUUGAAGCCCAGUUGGAGGCUCCCGUAAAUGAGGAGAUGCCACUGCUGCCCCCGCCUGAGGAGUCACCCCUGUCUCCACCACCUGAAGAAUCACCUACAUCUCCACCACCCGAAGCCUCACGUUUGUCCCCACCACCUGAUGAAUCACCUGAAUCCAUGCUACCUGAGGCAUCACACCUGUCCCCACCGACUGAGGAAUCACCCCUUUCUCCACCACCUGAGGAAUCUCCUUUGUCCCCUCCACCUGAAUCGUCACCUUUUUCUCCAUUGGAGGAGUCACCUCCAUCUCCUGCACUAGAGACGCCCCUGUCCCCACCACCUGAAGCCUCACCCCUGUCUCCACCAUUCGAGGAAUCUCCUCUCUCCCCUCCACCUGAGGAAUUGCCCACCUCCCCACCACCUGAGGCAUCUCGCCUAUCUCCACCACCUGAGGAGUCACCCAUGUCCCCUCCACCUGAGGAGUCACCCAUGUCCCCUCCACCCGAGGCAUCUCGUCUGUUCCCGCCAUUUGAGGAGUCUCCUCUGUCUCCUCCACCUGAAGAGUCUCCUCUGUCUCCACCUCCGGAGGCAUCACGACUGUCCCCACCCCCUGAGGACUCACCCAUGUCUCCCCCACCUGAAGACUCACCUAUGUCCCCCCCACCUGAAGUAUCACGCUUCUCCCCCUUGCCUGUCCUGUCACACUUAUCUCCCCUGCCUGAGGUAUCGCGGCUUUCCCCACCUCCUGAGGAAUCUCCCCUGUCCCCACCUCCUGAGGACUCUCCCACGUCACCUCCACCUGAGGCUUCACGACUAUCCCCUCCCCCUGAAGACUCUCCGGUGUCACCACCACCAGAGGACUCACUCAUGUCCCUGCCACUGGAGGAGUCACCCUUGUCACCACUGCCUGAGGCACCGAGACUCUGCCCUCAGCCCGAGGAACCAUACCUGUCUCCUCAGCCUGAAGAGCCCCGACUCUGUCCCCAGCCUGAGGAGCUGCCCCUGUCUCCACGGUCUGAGGAGCCAUGCCUGUCCCCUGUGCUUGCAGAGCCGUGUCUAUCUUCUCAGCCUGAGGAACCACACUUGUCUCCUGUGCUUCAGGAACAACAUUUGUCCCCUCAGCCUGAGGAACCGCAUCUGUCCCCUCAGCCUAAGGACCCACACCUGUCUCCCCAGUCUGAGGAGCCUUGCCUGUCCCCCAAGCCUGAGGAACUGUACCAAUCUCCUCGACCUGAAGAACCUCCUGAGGAACCAAGCCAGUGCCCUGCACCUAAGGAGUUGUCCUUGUUUCCCCCAACUGGGGAGCCACCUUUAUCGCCCAUGCUCGGAGAGCCAGUCGUGUCUGAGCCUGGGGAGCCACCUCUAUCCCCACUUCCUGAGGAGCUGCCCUUGUCUCUAUCGGAGGAGCCAGCCUUGUCACCUCAGCUGAUGCCACCAGAUCCUCUUCCUCCUCCGCUCUCGCCCAUUAUCCCAGCUGCGGCUCCUCCAGCCUUGUCUCCUUUGGGGGAGUUAGAGUACCCCUUUGGUGCCAAAGGGGACAGUGACCCUGAGUCACCAUUGGCUGCCCCCAUCCUAGAGACACCUAUCAGCCCUCCACCAGAAGCUAACUGCACUGACCCUGAGCCUGUGCCCCCGAUGAUCCUUCCCCCAUCUCCAGGCUCCCCACUGGGACCUGCUUCUCCUGCCCUCAUGGAGCCCCUCCCUCCACCUUGUUCUCCGCUCCUCGAGCAUUCCUUGCCUCCUCCACCUUCUCCUCCUUCCCAGUGUUCACCUCCUGCUCUGCCACUGUCUCUGCCCUCCCCAUUGAGUCCUGUGCAGAAGGGUGUGGAUGUCUCAGAUGAGGCUGAGAUGCAUGAAAUGGAGACUGAGAAAGGUCCAGAACCUGAGUGUCCAGCCUUGGAACCCAGUGCCACCAGUCCUCUGCCAUCCCCUAUGGGGGACCUCUCUUGCCCUGCCCCUAGCCCUGCCCCUGCCCUGGAUGACUUCUCUGGCUUGGGAGAAGACACAGCCCCUCUAGAUGGGACUGAUGCUAAUGCUUCACAGUCACGGACCGGACAGACCCCUGGCAGUUUGGCUGGUGAACUUAAAGGUUCUCCUGUGCUCCUGGACCCUGAGGAGCUGACCCCUGUGACCCCUAUGGAGGUCUAUGGCCCAGAUUGCAAGCAGGCAGGGCAGGGCUCGCCCUGUGAAGAACAGGAGGAGCUGGGUGCACCCCUGGCCCCCAUGCCGCCUACUCUCAUCAAAUCAGACAUCGUUAAUGAGAUCUCAAAUCUGAGCCAGGGCGAUGCAAGUGCCAGUUUUCCUGGUUCAGAGCCCCUACUGGGUUCUCCUGAUCCUGAGGGGGGUGGCUCCUUGUCCAUGGAGCUGGGAGUGUCUACAGAUGUUAGUCCAGCCCGAGAUGAGGGCUCCCUGCGCCUCUGUACCGACUCACUACCAGAGACUGAUGACUCACUGUUGUGUGACACUGGGACAACCAUCAGUGGAGGCAAAGCGGAGGGAGACAAGGGGCGUCGGCGCAGCUCCCCAGCCCGCUCCCGAAUCAAACAGGGUCGUAGCAGUAGUUUCCCAGGAAGACGCCGGCCUCGUGGAGGAGCACAUGGAGGACGAGGGAGAGGACGGGCUCGGCUGAAAUCAACCACUUCUUCCAUUGAGACACUGGUAGUGGCUGAUAUCGAUGGUUCUCCUAGCAAGGAGGAGGAAGAGGAAGAUGAUGACACCAUGCAGAAUACCGUGGUUCUCUUCUCUAACACAGACAAAUUUGUUCUAAUGCAGGACAUGUGUGUGGUGUGUGGCAGCUUUGGCCGGGGCGCUGAGGGCCACCUCUUGGCCUGUUCCCAGUGUUCCCAGUGCUAUCACCCUUACUGUGUCAACAGCAAGAUCACCAAGGUGAUGCUUCUAAAGGGCUGGCGUUGUGUGGAGUGUAUCGUGUGUGAGGUAUGCGGCCAGGCCUCCGACCCUUCACGCCUGCUGCUCUGUGAUGACUGUGACAUUAGCUACCACACGUACUGCCUGGAUCCUCCACUGCUCACUGUGCCCAAGGGUGGCUGGAAGUGCAAGUGGUGUGUGUCUUGUAUGCAAUGUGGGGCUGCCUCCCCUGGCUUCCACUGUGAAUGGCAGAAUAGUUACACACAUUGCGGGCCCUGUGCCAGCCUGGUGACCUGUCCUGUUUGUCACGCUCCCUAUGUGGAGGAAGAUCUGCUCAUCCAGUGUCGCCACUGUGAACGGUGGAUGCAUGCUGGCUGCGAGAGCCUCUUCACAGAGGAUGAAGUGGAGCAGGCUGCCGACGAAGGCUUUGACUGUGUUUCCUGUCAGCCCUAUGUGGUGAAGCCUGUGGCACCUGUUGCCCCACCAGAACUGGUACCCGUGAAGGUGAAAGAGCCAGAGCCCCAGUUCUUUCGCUUCGAGGGUGUGUGGCUGACAGAAACUGGCAUGGCGGUGCUGCGCAACCUGACCAUGUCACCACUACACAAGCGGCGCCAGCGGCGAGGACGGCUAGGCCUCCCAGGCGAGGCAGGGCUGGAGGGUUCUGAGCCCUCAGAUGCCCUUGGCCCUGAUGACAAGAAGGAUGGGGACCUGGACACUGAGGAGCUGCUCAAGGGUGAAGGUGGUGUGGAGCACAUGGAGUGUGAAAUUAAACUAGAAGGCCCUGCCAGCCCUGAUGUAGAACCUGGCAAAGAAGAGACAGAGGAAAGCAAAAAGCGCAAGCGCAAACCGUAUCGGCCCGGCAUUGGUGGCUUCAUGGUGCGGCAGCGGAAAUCUCAUCCACGUGUGAAAAGGGGGCCUGCUGCACAGGCCGAGGUGUUGAGUGGGGAUGGGCAGCCCGACGAGGUGAUGCCUGUUGAUCUGCCAGCCGAGGGCUCUGUGGAACCAAGCCUUGCUGAGGGGGAUGAGAAGAAGAAGCAACAGCGAAGAGGGCGCAAAAAGAGCAAACUGGAAGACAUGUUCCCUGCUUACUUGCAGGAAGCCUUCUUUGGGAAGGAGCUGCUGGACCUGAGUCGGAAGUCCCUUUUUGCAGUUGGGGUGGGCCGGCCAAGCUUCGGACUCGGAACUCAAAAGCCUCGGGGGGAUGGAGGUUCAGAGAAGAAGGAGCUCACUGCCUUGCACAAAGGAGACGAUGGUCCAGAUGUUGCAGAUGAAGAGUCCCAUGGGCCUGAGGGCAUGGCUGAUAUGCCAGGGCUUGAGGAUGGGGGUGUGAAGGCAUCACCAGUGCCCAGUGACCCUGAGAAGCCAGGUACCCCAGGUGAAGGAAUGCUUAGCUCCGACUUAGACAGGAUUCCCACAGAAGAACUGCCCAAGAUGGAGUCCAAGGACCUGCAGCAGCUCUUUAAGGAUGUCCUGGGUUCAGAAAGAGAACAGCAUUUGGGUUGUGGAACUCCUGGCCUAGAAGGCAGCCGCACACCACUGCAGAGGCCCUUUCUCCAAGGUGGACUCCCUUUGGGCAGCCUCCCCUCUAGUAGCCCAAUGGACUCCUACCCAGGCCUCUGCCAGUCUCCCUUCUUAGAUUCUAGGGAGCGCGGGGGCUUCUUUAGCCCAGAACCGGGUGAGCCAGACAGCCCCUGGACAGGCUCAGGGGGCACCACGCCCUCCACUCCCACCACCCCUACCACCGAGGGUGAGGGCGACGGGCUGUCCUAUAACCAGCGGAGUCUGCAGCGCUGGGAAAAAGACGAGGAACUGGGCCAGCUCUCCACUAUUUCACCUGUCCUCUAUGCCAACAUUAACUUUCCUAAUCUCAAGCAAGAUUACCCAGACUGGUCUAGCCGAUGUAAACAAAUCAUGAAGCUUUGGAGAAAGGUUCCAGCCGCUGACAAAGCCCCCUACCUGCAAAAGGCCAAAGAUAACCGGGCUGCUCACCGCAUCAACAAGGUGCAGAAGCAGGCUGAGAGCCAGAUCAACAAGCAGGCUAAGGUGGGCGACAUAGCCCGUAAGACUGAUCGACCGGCCCUCCAUCUCCGCAUUCCCUCCCAGCCAGGGGCACUGGGCAGUCCGCCUCCUGCUGCGGCCCCCACUAUUUUCAUUGGCAGUCCCACUACCCCUGCUGGCUUGUCUACCUCUGCGGACGGGUUCCUGAAGCCACCAGCGGGCACAGUGCCCGGCCCUGACUCACCUGGUGAGCUCUUCCUCAAGCUCCCGCCCCAGGUGCCCGCCCAAGUGCCUUCGCAGGACCCCUUUGGACUGGCCCCUGCCUACGCCCCGGAGCCACGCUUCUCUGCGGCACCACCCACUUAUCCUCCUUACCCAAGUCCCUCUGGAGCCCCUGCCCAGCCCCCAAUAUUGGGCACCACAACUCGACCUGGGACUGGCCAGCCAGGGGAAUUCCACACUACCCCACCGGGUACCCCCAGACACCAGCCUUCCACGCCUGACCCCUUCCUCAAGCCCCGCUGCCCCUCAUUGGACAACCUGGCUGUGCCUGAGAGCCCAGGGGUAGCGGGAGGCAAGGCUUCUGAGCCUCUGCUCUCAUCCCCACCUUUUGGGGAGUCCCGGAAGACCCUAGAGGUGAAGAAGGAAGAGCUUGGGGCAUCCUCUCCUGGCUAUGGUCCCCCAAACCUGGGCUGUGUUGACUCACCCUCCUCAGGCCCCCACCUGGGUGGCUUGGAGUUAAAGGCACCUGAUGUCUUCAAAGCCCCCCUAACCCCUCGGGCAUCUCAGGUAGAGCCCCAGAGCCCGGGCCUGGGCCUACGGGCCCAGGAGCCACCCCCAGCCCAGGCUUUGGCCCCUUCUCCUCCCAACCACCCUGACGUCUUUCGUUCUGCCUCCUACCCUGACCCCUAUGCCCAGCCCCCAUUGACUCCUCGACCCCAGCCCCCACCCCCUGAGAGCUGCUGUGCCCUGCCUCCUCGAUCACUGCCCUCUGACCCUUUCUCCAGAGUGCCCGCUAGUCCUCAGUCCCAGUCCAGUUCCCAGUCACCGUUGACCCCACGUCCUCUGUCUGCUGAGGCUUUCUGCCCAUCCCCUGUCACCCCUCGCUUCCAGUCUCCUGACCCUUAUUCUCGUCCGCCCUCACGCCCUCAGUCCCGUGACCCCUUUGCCCCACUGCAUAAGCCACCCCGACCCCAGCCCCCUGAAGUUGCCUUUAAGGCUGGGCCCCUAGCCCACACUCCCCUGGGAGCUGGGGGCUUCCCAGCAGCCCUGCCCUCCGGCCCAGCAGGUGAGCUCCAUGCCAAGGUCCCAAGUGGGCAACCCCCCAAUUUUGCCCGUUCUCCUGGGACAGGCGCAUUUGUGGGCACCCCAUCUCCCAUGCGGUUCACUUUCCCACAGGGGGUAGGGGAGCCUUCCCUAAAACCCCCUGUCCCUCAGCCUGGUCUCCCUCCACCCCAUGGGAUCAACAGCCAUUUUGGGCCUAGCCCCACCUUGGGCAAGCCUCAAAGCACAAACUACGCAGUAGCCACAGGGAACUUUCACCCAUCAGGCAGCCCCCUGGGGCCCAGCAGUGGGCCCACAGGGGAGGGCUAUGGGCUGUCCCCACUACGCCCCGCAUCUGUUCUGCCACCUCCCACACCCGAGGGACCCCUCCCCUAUUUGUCCCACGGAGCCUCACAAAGGGCAGGCAUCACAUCUCCAGUGGAAAAGCGAGAAGAUGCAGGGUCUACAAUGAGUGGUAGCUCUUUGGCAACACCUGAACUCUCAAGUGCCCAGGAUGCAGGCAUGUCUAGCCUCAGCCAGACAGAGCUGGAGAAACAACGGCAGCGCCAGAGACUACGGGAACUGCUGAUUCGACAGCAGAUUCAGCGUAACAACUUGCGGCAGGAGAAGGAAACAGCUGCAGCAGCUGCAGGUGCAGUGGGGCCUCCAGGCAACUGGGGCGCUGAGCCCAGCAGCCCUGCCUUUGAACAGCUGAGUAGAGGCCAGGCCCCUUUCACUGGGUCCCAGGAUAAGAGCAGUAUUGUGGGGUUACCUUCAAGCAAGCUAGGUGGUCCUAUCCUGGGACCAGGAGCCUUCUCCAGUGAUGACCGACUCUCCAGGCCACUUCCACCAGCCACACCUUCCUCUAUGGAUGUGAACAGCAGGCAACUUGUUGGAGGCUCCCAGGCCUUCUAUCAGCGUACACCCUAUCCUGGGUCCCUACCCCUGCAGCAGCAGCAGCAACUGUGGCAGCAGCAGCAGCAGCAGCAGCAGCAACAACAACAACAACAGACAACAGUAGCGACCUCCAUGCGACUUGCUAUGUCUGCUCGAUUUCCAUCAACUCCUGGACCUGAACUUGGCCGCCAAGCACUAGGUUCCCCCUUGGCAGGAAUUCCCACCCGCCUUCCAGGCCCUGCUGAGCCAGUGCCUGGUCCAGCUGGUCCUGCUCAGUUUAUUGAGUUGCGACACAAUGUACAGAAAGGACUUGGACCUGGGGGAUCUCCGUUUCCUGGUCAGGGUCCCCCUCAGAGGCCCCGUUUUUACCCGGUAAGCGAGGAACCCCAUCGACUGGCUCCUGAAGGUCUUCGGGGCAUGGCUAUUUCAGGCCUUCCCCCACAAAAACCCUCAGCCCCACCAGCCCCUGAAUUGAACAACAACCUCCAUCAGACACCCCAUACCAAGGGUCCUGCCCUACCAACUGGCUUGGAGCUGGUCAGCCGCCCACCGUCAAACCCUGAACUUGGUCGUCCCCCUCUGACUUUGGAAGCUGGGAAGUUGCCUUGUGAGGAUCCUGAGUUGGACGAUGAGUUUGAUGCCCACAAGGCCCUAGAGGAUGAUGAAGAGCUAGCUCACUUGGGUUUGGGUGUGGAUGUGGCCAAGGGUGAUGAUGAACUGGGCACCCUAGAAAACCUGGAGACUAAUGACCCCCACUUAGAUGACCUCCUCAAUGGAGAUGAAUUUGACCUGCUAGCAUAUACUGACCCUGAGCUAGAUACCGGGGACAAGAAGGACAUCUUUAAUGAGCACCUGAGGCUUGUGGAGUCAGCAAAUGAGAAGGCUGAACGAGAAGCCCUGCUGCGGGGGGUGGAGCCAGUAUCCUUGGGCCCUGAGGAACGUCCUCCCCCUGCCACAGACAGCUCUGAGCCUCGCCUAACAUCUGUGCUCCCUGAGGUGAAGCCCAAAGUGGAGGAGGGAGGACGCCAUCCUUCUCCUUGCCAGUUCACCAUUAACACCCCCAAGGUGGAGCCAGCACCUCCCGCCACUCCCCUCAGCCUGGGACUGAAGCCAGGUCAGACAGUGACGGGCAACCGGGACACUCAAAGAGUAAGUUCAGGACCAUUCCCCAGCAGUGGGCCCACAACGGAGAAGGGUCCAUUUGGGACCACAGGAGGAACACCAGCUCACUUGCUGAACCCCAGCUCACUGAGUGGCCCAGGUGGAUCCUCCCUUCUGGAAAAAUUUGAGCUAGAGAGUGGGGCUCUAACCUUACCCAGUGGACAUGCAGCAUCUGGGGAUGAGCUGGACAAAAUGGAGAGCUCCCUGGUGGCCAGUGAGUUGCCUCUGCUCAUUGAGGACCUGUUAGAGCACGAGAAGAAGGAGCUUCAGAAGAAGCAGCAGCUUUCAGCACAGCUACAGCCUGCCCAGCAGCAGCAGCAACAGCAGCAGCAACAACAUUCCCUCCUUCCUACACCAGGCCCUGCACAGACCCUGCCUUUGCCACAUGAGGCUGGGCCCCCACAGCAGCUUGCUCUGGGUCUUGGAAGUACUCGACAGCCAGGUUUGGGCCAGACACUGAUGCCCAGCCAGUCACCAGCUCAUGCCCUUCAGCAGCGCCUGGCCCCAUCUGUGGCUAUGGUGUCUAACCAAGGGCAUAUGCUAAGUGGGCAGCAAGCAGGGCAGACAGGCUUGGUGCCCCCACAGAGCUCACAGCCAGUGUUAGCACAGAAACCCAUGAAUGCCAUGCCAGCUUCCAUGUGCAUGAAGCCCCCGCAGCUGGCAGUGCAGCAACAACAGCUGGCUAACAGCUUCUUCCCAGACACAGAUCUGGACAAAUUUGCUGCAGAAGAUAUCAUUGAUCCUAUUGCAAAGGCCAAGAUGGUAGCUUUGAAAGGCAUCAAGAAAGUGAUGGCUCAGGGCAGCAUUGGGGUGGCACCUGGUAUAAACAGGCAGCAAGUCUCACUGCUGGCUCAGAGGCUCUCCGGGGGCUCUGGCAAUGAUCUGCAGAACCAUGUGGCACCUGGGAGUGGCCAGGAGCGGAAUUCUAGUGACCCUUCCCAGCCACGUCCCAACCCACCCACCUUUGCCCAGGGAGUGAUCAAUGAGGCUGACCAGCGGCAGUAUGAAGAAUGGCUGUUCCAUACCCAGCAGCUCCUGCAGAUGCAGCUGAAGGUGCUAGAGGAGCAGAUUGGUGUGCACCGCAAGUCCCGGAAGGCUCUGUGUGCCAAGCAGCGCACUGCCAAAAAGGCCGGCCGUGAGUUUCCGGAAGCUGAUGCCGAGAAGCUCAAGCUGGUUACAGAGCAGCAAAGCAAGAUCCAGAAACAGCUGGAUCAGGUCCGGAAACAGCAGAAGGAGCACACGAAUCUCAUGGCAGAAUACCGGAACAAGCAGCAACAGCAGCAACAGCAGCAGCAGCAGCAGCAGCAGCAGCAGCAGCAGCACUCAGCUGUACUGGCUCUCAGCCCUUCUCAGAGUUCUCGGGUACUCACCAAGCUCCCUGGCCAGCUGCUCCCUGGCCAUGGAUUACAGCCGCCACAGGCACCUCCAGGUGGUCAAGCUGGAGGUCUUCGUCUGCCUCCAGGAGGUAUGGUACUACCCGGACAGCCUGGUGGUCCAUUCCUCAAUACUGCCGUGGGCCAGCAGCAGCAACAGCAGCAUCCUGGUGUGGCUGGAUCCUUGACUGGCCAUUCAGGGAACUUCUUCCCUGGAAAUCUUGCUCUCCGAAGCCUUGGACCUGACUCAAGGCUUUUACAGGAAAGGCAACUACAGCUGCAGCAGCAACGAAUGCAACUGGCCCAGAAAUUGCAGCAGCAGCAACAGCAGCAGCAACAGCAACACCUCUUAGGGCAGGUUGCAAUCCAACAGCAACAGGGUCCCGGAGUACAGAACCAGGCUCUGGGUCCCAAGCCUCAGGGCCUUCUGCCUCCCAGCAACCACCAGGGCCUCCUGGUCCAACAAUUGUCCCCUCAACAGUCACAGGGGUCGCAGGGCAUGCUGGGUCCUGCCCAGGUUGCAGUGCUGCAGCAGCAGCAGCACUCUGGAGCUUUGGGUCCUCAGGGCCCUCACAGACAGGUGCUUAUGACUCAGUCCAGGGUGCUGAGUUCCCCUCAGCUGGCGCAGCAGGGUCACAACCUUAUGGGACACCGACUUCUCACAGCCCAGCAGCCACAGCAGCAGCACCAACAGCAGGGGUCUAUGACGGGGCUUUCCCAUCUCCAACAAGGAAUGAUGUCACAUGGUGGGCAGCCCAAAAUGAGUGCCCAGGCAUUGGGCUCCUUACAACAGCAGCAACAGCAGCAGCAACAGCUGCAUCUUCAGCAGCAGCUGCACCAGCAACAACAGAUGCAGCAGCAACAGCAACAUCUUCAGCAGCAACAACAGCAGCAGAUGGGCCUCUUGAAUCAGAAUCGAACUUUACUAUCUCCUCAGCAGCAGCAGCAGCAGCAGGUGACACUUGGUCCUGGCAUGCCAGCCAAGCCUCUUCAACACUUUUCUAGCCCCGGAGCCCUAGGCCCAACCCUGCUCCUGACAGGCAAGGAACAAAACAUUACAGAGGCAUCGCUUCCUUCAGAAGUCACUGAGGGCUCCUCCACACAUCAAGGAGGGACAUUGGCAGUGGGGGCUACACCUGAGCCAAUGUCUGUUGAACCAGGGGAGGUAAAGCCCUCCGUUUCUGGAGACUCACAGCUGCUACUUGUCCAGUCCCAGGCCCAGCCUCAGCCCACCCCAGUGCAGCUGCAGCCGCCACUAAGGCUCCCAGGGCAACCCCAGCAGCAGCAAGUGAACUUGCUCCACACGGCAGGUGGAGGAAACCAUGGGCAGCAACUAGGGAGUGGAUCCUCUUCUGAGGUCCCUUCUGGACCCCACCUGCUGACCCAGCCCUCUGUUUCCUCAGGGGAACAGCCUGGGCCUAUGGCCCAGAACCUUCUGGGCUCCCAACCGCCCCUUGGGCUAGAUCGGCCCAUUCAAACGAACACAGGGCCACAGCCUCCCAAAUCAGGACCUGUUCCUCAGUCUGGGCAGGGUCUUCCCGGGGUUGGAGUCAUGCCUACAGUGGGUCAACUUCGAGCACAGCUCCAAGGAGUCCUGGCCAAAAACCCACAGCUGCGGCACUUGAGCCCUCAGCAGCAACAGCAGCUACAGGCACUCCUCAUGCAGCGACAGCUGCAGCAGAGUCAGGCAGUGCGCCAGACUCCACCGAUCCAGGAGCCUGGGACCCAGCCCUCUCCUCUCCAGGGCCUUCUGGGCUGCCAACCUCAAUCUGGGAGUUUUUCUGGAUCUCAGACUGGACCCCUCCAGGAGCUAGGGGCAGGACCUAGACCUCAGGGCCCACCCCGACUCCCUGUCCCACAAGGAGCCUUAUCUACAGGACCAGUGCUUGGCCCUGUCCAUCCCACACCUCCACUAUCCAGUCCCCAAGAGCCAAAGAGACCUUCACAGUUACCUUCCCCCAGUGCCCAGCUAACCCCCACCCAUCCAGGGACUCCAAAGCCCCAGGGGCCAACCUUGGAGCUGCCUCCUGGGAGGGUCUCACCUGCUGCUGCCCAACUUGCAGAUACUUUCUUUGGCAAGGGGCUGGGACCCUGGGACCCCUCAGAUAACCUAGCUGAAGCCCAGAAGCCAGAGCAGAGCAGCCUGGUAUCUGGGCAUCUGGAACAGGUGAAUGGACAGGUGGUACAAGAGCCACCCCAACUCAGCAUCAAACAGGAGCCUCGGGAAGAGUCGUGUGCCCUGGGUGCACAGGCAGUGAAAAGGGAGGCUGAUGGGGAGCCAGGAGGGACACCAGGCACCAGCAAUCACCUUCUGCUAGCGGGCUCCCGCUCAGAGGCUGGGCAUCUGCUCCUGCAGAAGCUUCUGCGGGCAAAGAAUGUGCAACUUGGUGCUGGGCGGGGCCCUGAGGGACCUCGAGCUGAGAUCAAUGGACACAUUGACAGCAAACUGUCAGGGCUGGAGCAGAAACUACAGGGUACUUCCAGCAGCAAAGAGGACGCAGCCACAAGAAAGCCUUUGACAGCGAAGCCUAAGCGGGUACAGAAGACAAGUGACAGACUGGUGAGCUCCCGAAAGAAGCUGCGGAAAGAAGAUGGGGUCAGGGCCAACGAGGCCUUGCUGAAACAGCUAAAACAGGAACUGUCCCAGCUGCCCCUGACGGAGCCUACCAUCACCGCCAAUUUUAGCCUCUUUGCUCCCUUUGGCAGUGGCUGCCUAGUCAGUGGGCAGAGCCAGCUCAGGGGGGCCUUUGGAAGUGGGGCUCUACACACCGGCCUUGACUACUAUUCUCAGCUGCUCACCAAGAAUAACCUGAGUAACCCGCCGACACCACCCUCGUCGCUGCCCCCCACCCCACCCCCAUCGGUGCAGCAGAAGAUGGUGAAUGGUGUUACGCCCUCUGACGAGCUGGGGGAGCACCCCAAGGAUGCAGCCUCUGCCCAGGACUCUGAAGGAACAUUGAGGGAUGCUGCAGAGGUGAAGAGUUUAGACCUGCUGGCUGCUCUGCCUACACCCCCUCACAAUCAGACUGAGGAUGUCAGGAUGGAGAGCGAUGAGGACAGUGAUUCUCCUGAUAGUAUCGUGCCGGCUUCAUCCCCUGAGAGCAUCCUUGGGGAAGAGGCCCCACGUUUUCCACAGCUGGGCUCUGGCCGGUGGGAGCAGGACACUCGGGCCCUCUCCCCUGUCAUCCCCAUCAUUCCCCGUGCCAGCAUCCCUGUCUUCCCAGAUAGAAAACCUUAUGGGACCCUUGACCUGGAGGUUCCUGGAAAGCUACCUGUUACAGCUUGGGAAAAAGGCAAAGGAAGUGAGGUGUCAGUCAUGCUGACGGUCUCUGCUGCCGCUGCCAAGAAUCUGAAUGGCGUGAUGGUAGCAGUGGCGGAGUUACUAAGCAUGAAGAUACCCAGUUCCUAUGAGGUGCUGUUCCCAGACAGCCCUGCCCGGGGAGGCCUCGAGCCCAAGAAGGUGGAAGCCGAGGGUCCUGGUGGGAAAGAAAAGGGUUUGAGUGGCAAGGGCCCAGACACUGGACCUGAAUGGCUAAGGCAGUUUGAUGCAGUGUUGCCUGGCUACACCCUCAAGAGCCAGUUAGACAUCUUGAGCCUCCUGAAACAGGAGAGCCCUGCCCCAGAGCCAUCCACCCAGCACAGCUACACCUACAAUGUUUCCAACCUGGAUGUGAGGCAGCUCUCCGCCCCACCGCCUGAGGAACCUUCCCCACCUCCAUCCCCUUUGGCACCCUCUCCUGCCAGCCCCCCUGGCGAGCCCCUGGUUGAACUUCAGGCUGAACCCUCUGCUGAGCCACCAAUCCCUUCACCUCUACCACUGGCUUCAUCCCCUGAAUCUGCCCGGCCCAAACCCCGAGCCCGGCCCCCAGAAGAGAGUGAAGAUUCCCGCCCCCCACGCCUCAAAAAGUGGAAAGGGGUUCGCUGGAAGCGGCUGCGACUACUGCUGACCAUCCAGAAGGGCAAUGGACGACCAGAAGGUGAACGGGAGGUGGCGGAGUUUAUGGAGCAGUUUGGUACAGCCUUGAGACCCAACAAGGUGCCUCGAGACAUGCGACGAUGCUGCUUCUGUCAUGAAGAGGGAGAUGGUGCCACUGAUGGGCCUGCCCGCCUACUCAACCUUGACCUGGACCUCUGGGUGCACCUCAACUGUGCUCUGUGGUCCACGGAGGUGUAUGAAACCCAGGGUGGGGCACUGAUGAAUGUGGAGGUUGCCCUGCACCGAGGAUUGCUAACCAAGUGCUCCCUGUGCCAGCGAACUGGUGCCACUAGCAGCUGCAAUCGCAUGCGUUGCCCCAAUGUCUACCAUUUUGCCUGUGCCAUCCGUGCUAAGUGCAUGUUCUUUAAGGACAAGACCAUGCUGUGUCCGAUGCACAAGAUCAAGGGGCCCUGUGAGCAGGAACUGAGCUCCUUUGCUGUCUUCCGGAGGGUCUACAUUGAACGGGACGAGGUGAAGCAGAUCGCCAGCAUCAUCCAGAGGGGGGAGCGACUGCACAUGUUCCGAGUAGGGGGUCUUGUGUUCCAUGCCAUUGGACAGCUGCUCCCACACCAGAUGGCUGACUUCCACAGUGCCACUGCCCUCUAUCCUGUGGGCUACGAGGCCACUCGAAUCUACUGGAGUCUUCGUACCAACAAUCGCCGCUGCUGCUACCGCUGCUCCAUCAGUGAGAAUAAUGGACGGCCUGAGUUUGUGAUCAAAGUCAUUGAGCAGGGUUUAGAGGACCUGGUCUUCACUGAUGCCUCUCCCCAAGCUGUGUGGAAUCGCGUCAUUGAACCUGUGGCUGCCAUGAGGAAAGAAGCCGACAUGCUGAGGCUCUUCCCUGAGUAUCUGAAAGGCGAAGAGCUCUUUGGGUUGACAGUGCAUGCUGUGCUCCGUAUAGCUGAAUCGCUCCCUGGGGUGGAGAGCUGUCAGAACUAUUUAUUCCGCUAUGGGCGCCACCCCCUGAUGGAACUGCCACUCAUGAUCAACCCCACCGGCUGUGCCAGAUCAGAACCUAAAAUCCUCACACACUACAAACGGCCCCAUACCCUGAACAGCACCAGCAUGUCUAAGGCAUAUCAGAGCACCUUCACAGGCGAGACCAACACCCCGUACAGCAAGCAGUUUGUGCACUCCAAGUCAUCUCAGUACCGGCGCCUGCGCACUGAGUGGAAGAACAAUGUUUAUCUGGCUCGCUCCCGUAUCCAGGGCCUAGGGCUCUAUGCAGCCAAGGACCUAGAAAAGCACACGAUGGUCAUCGAGUACAUUGGCACCAUCAUUCGCAACGAGGUGGCCAAUCGUCGGGAGAAAAUCUAUGAGGAGCAGAAUCGAGGGAUCUACAUGUUCCGGAUAAACAAUGAGCAUGUGAUUGAUGCUACAUUGACUGGAGGCCCUGCCAGGUACAUUAACCACUCCUGUGCCCCAAACUGUGUAGCAGAAGUUGUGACAUUUGACAAGGAGGACAAAAUCAUCAUCAUCUCCAGCCGGCGAAUCCCCAAAGGAGAGGAGCUGACCUAUGACUAUCAGUUUGAUUUUGAGGAUGAUCAGCACAAGAUCCCCUGUCACUGUGGAGCCUGGAACUGUCGGAAAUGGAUGAACUAAGAAGCUUUGAGGCUACCAGGCAGGGGAGUCCCCCAACCCCCCACCUCUUCCCUGAAAGGGAUGAGGGGGAAGAGCGGUAGCAGCCAGAGCUAGGACCCAGGGCUGGGGCUGCCGGCUGACCGGAGCCCCUGGAGCAGGAGGCUGGGGCAGAGGGCCCUAGGCCAAGCCCACCCUGGGCACCAGGGACAACCUUCUUCCCUGCCACCGGCCCUUAGGCUGGCAUCCCUGCCCCCAGCCCCAGGAGGGGACAGACAGGAGCAGCCACUGGGCAUCUCAGGUUUGAGGGGGUAUGGGCCGGGAACUACCCAGAAGUGUCUGGGAGGCAGCAGGGAGGGAGGAGGAGGAUGUGUGGCCGGGCCUCACAGCCCUGCUGCCUCCACCGACCUCUCUGGCCCAACUCAAGGCUGCAAAGAGACUUGACUAAAGCUUGACAAUCCCAAAGGCCGGGUCCCACACCUGGCCCUGCCUGCCGGGUCCUGCCCCUACCCUCACCCCCAUCCCCUUCCUUCCUCUCUAUCUGUCUCUGUCUCCUCUUUUCCUCUGUGUCUCUGUCUCUCUAUGGGUUGUGUUUCCUUGUUUUCCACUCUGACAAAUGCAACGUGAUGGGAAAGAGGCAUCCAGAUGCCCAGGAGGGCAAGCUGGGCAAGCCGGGCAAGGAGACCCCGCACCCACACCUACCUCAUUUAAGUGUUGGAUUUUUUGCUGUUUUGAAAUGUGAGACCCUCUCCAAGCCCCCUACUGCCCCAACUCUCUCCCCCACCUCACUGCCCUCGUCUAGUGGGUGGAAGGGGGGUAGGAGGAGGAGAACAACAACAAUAACAACAACAAAAAUCCAUCUUUGUUUUUAAUUAUGGGCAUGGGAUGGUGGUUGAGGCAAACGGUGAAGAUUGGGGAUGACUGGCCCCUAGUUGCUCUAGAACUUCCUUCUCCAUCUGGACAUGGAGGUGGGAGGGGUGUGCUAAACCUAGGACCAGGAUCUCUCUCUCCUGUUUGCUCAGCCUCAUCCUGAGCCCAUUUGCCCUCCGGCCCCUGGAUGGGGUGUGGGGGUAAGGGUGAGGGCUAUCCCUGUGUGGCAUGCCCAUACCCAAUGAGGCAGGGUGUGGCCCAGAGCUCUCGCUUUCCCUCAGUCACCAAACUGCUGCUGGUCUGGUGGGAAUGGGUGGUGAUGUGGGGGUGGGGAGCUUAGUGUCAGCGCGGGGAGGGUGGGGGGUAUUUAUCUAUUUAUACAUGGGGUUGUACAUAGUCUUGUGGGGCAUGGGGGAGCCGGCUGGAGGUGAGAACCCUCCCCUCUCCCCCAACCCCCGGGGAGAGCAAAUGUAAAACUACUAAUUUUUGUGCUUUAUAUAUUCUAUAUAAAUAUAUCUAUUUUCUUUUUACAAAACCAGUUUAUAAAUGGUAGGGGGGUGUGGGGCGGACACAUGGAGCUCCCCUUGUGGGGGGCCCCUCCACUACCCAACCUACCGCCCUUUCCUUACCCCCUUUCCCACCCCCUGGCUGUGACUGCUGAAAGGUGGGGGUAUAGAGAGAAGCUGGGUGAUCCUCACCCCAGUGGUAUAGUUGGACUAUGUUAUAACGCACAAAAGUAAGCUGGCCCCAGGGGGAGCCAGAGGGUGAUGGGUUCCCUUAUUUUCCUUUCCCUUCCUCUUUCUGCCUAAGCUUGUGCUGCAGUUGAACCUCUUCCUGGGGGUGGUGGUAGGGUAGAGGGUGUGUGAGGCCUCAGACCCCUCUCUGGUAGGGAGCCGUGGGGUGAAGAUAAAGCUUAUAUGCAGUUCUCUCCUGGGGGCUGUGGGCAAAGGGCAUUUUUGUAAUUAAUAUUUUCAAGAAUCAGAUAUCUGGAUUGUAGACGGGCUUGAUGGUGGCAAAUGGGCCUGCUGGAGGGGUAGCACGGUUGCUGUUGUGAUUCUAGGUUUUUGUUUUGUUUUAAAUUUGGGGGAUUGUGGAUUGAUGGGGGUAGGGAGAUUUUUUUUCCUGGCUUUUUUUUUUUUUUUGAAAGCUGCUUCCUCAACUGUUUCAAGCUCCAAAUGUUUAAGAGAGUAACAACUCCCCCACACACUCCCACAGAACCCAUUGUAAUUAGAUCAGACCGUGGGAAGACUGGGCUUCUGUCCCCAAAGCCACAGAGCUGAAAGGUCUAGGCACUAGGUGGGGGAGAUUGUCUCCUGUGGGUCAGGCUCUGGUUGGGGCUUGGGCCCAACUGGGAAAGGAGAAGGGGCAGACUUUGUGAGCAUAUGCUAGGUAUCCGAUAGUCCUGUAGAAUUUAGUGAAGAAACCUUAUACAGUUUUUAAUUUUUAUAUAAACUAUAACUCAGACCCACGCUACAAGGUUGGAAUUUUGGUUGUUGUUUUUUUUUUAAGUACCCCGCCUGUAUAAUUGCAUCAGGAUCCCACCCCCGUGUUUGUAUUUUGGGUUGGUUUACACUUGCACAUACUCAAUUUUCAGUUUCCCCAUUUUACCUUCUACCCUCACCUCCAGGACCCUCCCCCUUUUUAAAAAAUAAAUCGCUGACAAGUGUGAAUCCCGUGAAGAACUUUAUUUUGUGUUGUGUGUAUCCUGUACAGCAAGGUUGGUCCUUCGUAACAACGGAUGAAAUGGUUCCCUUUUUUAAAGCGCUCUCUCUUCCUCCACCCCCAGCGCCCCUGUCCUUGGCAUGUUUUGUAUCAGCGAUCAUUCUGAACUGUACAUAAUUUAUGUUGCGAGAGGCAAAGGGCAAGUUUUGGAUUUUGCUUCUUCAAAGUUUGUUUUUAAACGACAAAUAAAAAAAGAACAUUUUAAAUA